UGUUCAUAGUCAACCGUGACUCGACACCACGCUACAAUACUACUUACUUAUACACACAAUCUAUUAUCUUAACACUUCGCUUCAUCCUACAUAUCUCUUACACACCAAAGCAAACACCUAGUUUAAACAUUGUUAACACUGAUUGGAUGAUCUAUUCAGGAUACAAUGAACCAGAGUACCAUGUACCCUUAUUUAUAUUCAAUAAUUUUGAUAUUUGAUUCUAUAUCUCCUUGAAAUAGCCUGAACGCAUAUGUCAAAAUGAAACGUUGGAUUUACUUGAAAUUCAUUCUCUGAGAUUUUCCUCUUUAAUGUCUCACAUCCAAUUGGAGCCCAGAUACUAUGAAACGAUUUCGAUCAAAUUUAAACAAAAGUUCUUAUUUAUUAUGAUUAUUUUGAAUGAUUCUUUAAAAUUUAUAUGAAAUGAACAAGAUGAAUAGAAUGGUCGUCUAGGAACUAGUUUCCAAUCAACCCAUCUAUCGGUAAUAUUGUCAACUUUAUUCAUCAAAAAAUUGUUCUUAAAAACAAAAUAGUAAAAAUGUAUUUACAAUUAUGAAUAUAAACAACACAUAGAUUGUUAUAUUGAAACGAUUAGACUGAUGUAUAUCUAUCUAUCUAGAUAGAUAGAUGUGCCUAGUCUUACAGUGUAGUUGACUGAUUAACUAACUAACUAACUAACUCAUUGAAUGAUAUUAGUUUAGGUGUUUAUAUGUACUUUUAUGUCAUUUAAUUAUUCCCCUUAGAUAUUGAAUAAUUUUUGAAUCACGUUUAAUAAUCAUAACCCAUAACGAAUAUAAAUAGUCCAUAGAAACUAAAUAUUGAAUUUGACAAUGAACCAUCUAAGAUUAUUAUUCUAUAUAAGUUGUACAUUAUAUUUUAAUUGUUUUAUACAAUCUACAAUGACUUAUACAAUUCAACAAUCAUCUAUGAAUCAUAUUGAUUUAAAAGUGGAUGAAAUUGACGAACAAAACAAUCUAUGGAAGAAUCAAGUUCAACAUGAUAAUGAAUCACAAUCAUUGAUGAUAAGUCCAGUAAGAUUUGGUGUUUGGAAAAAAUCCAGACGUAAUGGUAAACAUAAACGUAACAGACAUCGUCGAAAACUUAACCGUCAUAAGAAAAUUUUACAUUAUCUAUAAAAUUAUGUGUACUAGAUGAAAUUUAUUUUGAACUUAAAUAUUAUUUACUACUUAAAUAAAGUUUCAUUUUUAUACAUUGAAUAAUCACGAUACUACUUGUAAGUUUGAAUAUAUAUAUGUAUAUGGUAAAUGAGAAUAUCAUAUGUAUGUUUGAUCUGCUAUUCCCUAUGUUGAACUAUUAUUGAUAAAAAGUUUGGCUAUUGUACUUUAUUAUACUUACUUACUAUCCGUACAUCUAUCCUCCUCCUCCUCCUCCUCCUCCUCCUCCUCCUCCUCCU